AUGGAUGCUCCUCCGCCGAUCCUCAAUGUCCAUACCCCUGUGUCGUCCUUCUCAAUAGUCCACACAAAUGAUGAUACCCUCGAAAACUUGUUUGAGAAGCUCACCACUAAGACCCUCGUUGAAUUCACCGGUCGGCGAGUCAGGCCAGGCUGGGUGAAGUACUCGUGGAAUGAUAGUAUUUGGAACCUUGAUGACGACUCCGAUUAUACUAUCUUCAUGUGGCGACACAAGUCUGCUACGCCUGAGAGUAGUCAAUCGCCGGUUCUAUAUGUGCGGAACCCAGACGAACCCCUGCCUGCACGGCCAGCAUACCGGAAUCCGUCGUUCUACAUGUUCCGUAACAAGGCUUCUGGGCCAUCCCCCCCGCUUUCAGCCAGAGGGUCUACGAAGUCCAACAAACAACCCCGGAAAGCCUCGGAAGCCGCGAAGGCUAAGGAGCAGCCGCCGAAACACAAGCGUGAAUUCGAGCAGUUCCAUAAUGAGAACGGGGUGCGGACUAUCAUGGGUGGCAUCGGACCUGCGAAGAACGUCCGCAUGUUGCUCAAAGCCGGAUAUCGGCAUGUAUACAUAUCGCGAAAGUUCGCCAUUAAGCAUGGUUUUAUACCAGCGGAUGCUGCCCCUGGCCAUUAUGGCUACGGCGGAUUGGUUAACAUCGGCAAAUGGCCAGUCACCGUCGGCCGUGCGAAGACUAUGCAUAGUGUCUACCUCUCUGAGGAGUCUCACUUCGACGUGGUGUUGGGUCGCUCUUUCAUCGAGUUGCGCCAAGUAAAGUUCGAUUCCGUGGACGCGACAGACGUUGUCUGCGGGGAUACGGGAGAGAAAAUUGACUGUGAACUGAUCAUUUUGAAGGACGGAAAGGGGCAAAUCGUCACUGUCACCUAA